AUGGCAGAAGACCAAACACUCAAUCAGAAAAUAAAUAAGGUUAUCGCAGAUAUCAAAAGACUUAACGUUGAAAAAUCAUUAAAGUAUGGUUGUACAAGUAGUAAUCACUCAAGCUUAAAGCAAAUAAAACCGUUUCAAGAUACGCAUGUAUCUUUUUAAAAGCAAUAAAGUUCAAAAGACUAAUCUUUUAAGAGCGAUUCAAGAGACGAGAGUAGUGAUCAUCUGAUUGAGUUCAUAAAAAGAGAACGAAAACUAGACUAACAAAGAAAUGAAAGCCAGAAAUAUUUCACUCAAUAGUAAUCUUAAAACUAUCAGUCACAUAAUAAUUAUUAACCUACUCCUAAAAAUAAUCACAAUGAGGAUGCUUCACUUCUGUAAAGAGAAGAUGAUUUGUCUUCAUUGUUCGAUCUUACUUCAGCAAAACAACAUUAGUCCAAUGUCACUAGAAAAAACUAAGACAGUUCUUUUAGAAAUCAACAAUAGAAAGCAUAGCAGCAAUAGCAAUAUUAGACAAACUCUGGUAGUCAAUUCUCACUUACUAAAAUGAGGAUAGAUGAUAUCCCUGAAUUGCAGUCGUAGAACUUUUAUUCAUUAGCUAAACAGUAAAAUUUAGAAUAAAUAGCUUAAAAUAAAUAUCAGUCAUCAAAACAGCUGUACUAAAAGUAUGAAAAUAUCCUUGCAGCCCCAGGUUCAAUCAUUGUUGAUGCUAAAGGUCACUACAAAACCAAAACCUUAUAUGAUGAAUUAAAGCACAGCCAUACUAAUAAUAAAGAUCUCCCCUUCUCUAGCCAAAUAGAGGACUCAUCCAUUAAAGAUAUUUAAGUGCAGAUCUCUAACCCAUCAUCAUCAUAAUUGUAAUAAGAAAAUGAAGAACUGGAAAGACUUAAGAAGAUAUGCUAGAGGACUGAAAAGCUUUUGUAAAAUGAGUAGACUAAGAAUAAAGAUCUCGAACAAGAAUUCUAAAGAUAAAAUUAAGCUUAGUAAAUGAUCUAAGAUCUGGUAGAACAGCAGGAAAUUGCAAAUGAGCUUAGGCAAAAGUAGAUUCAAAGAAUGAGCCAGAAAAAUGCAUAGCUGCAGAAGAACUUGAUAAAGGAGAAAUGCUUGAAGGAAAAUAUUGCGUAGAGAGUAAAUGGGUACUCUAACCCAGCCAAGUUAAUGAACUAUAUAAAAAUGAAGAAAUCGAUUGAAAACUCUCAGUUUCAAGAUGUAAAUUAAUAUCUGACUCAUCUUGAAGCCUUCUCUAAGAUUAGCAAUAAGCAAUCGUAAUAAGAAAGAGACUAUUAAAGAUCUCUUCUUAGUAAAAUAUCAAGCAAAAAUAAUGAGAAUAACAAAAAUCUUUCCAACAGAGAUACAUUUGCAAGAAAGUCAAAUGCAUUCUCAAGUAAAGCAGAGUCAAGAGAUGAUUAAAAUAAUAGUAGUUUAAAAGAUGCCUAUAUCAUAAGUGAAGAGUUGACUUUAAAGUAGAAGUUGGAGAGUCAGAGGAAAGCUUUAAGGGAUUUCGCUAAUUAUUAUCAACUAAACAGUAAUUGA